UCUGACAGGCGUGUCUCAACUCUUCGAUUUAUCUUCCACUUUACUGUGGCAGCACGUGAGUCAUAUUGGUCCUGCUCGUAUAUGUUAAACAUGAGGAUAUUUGUGUCAGAGGGCAGUUACAAAACCAAAGUACAUGAAAUCAUGAUUUGUGUUCCGCAAUUUGUGUAAUAAUAUAAUAAUCAGUGACUUCUGCCAAAGGCAAGACAAGCUGGUCCCUUAUGAUGAUUAUUAUUCAAACGGUUAUUUGAAUGCAUAAAUUAAACUUUGAAGUGUUUCAAAUUAUAUAAAUAAAAACAAAGGUUCACAACAGCUCUUUUUUAUGAUAAAACUAAAUAGUUCUAUAAAUUCCGAUUUAGAAACUGAACUUGAACGUCGCACCAGUAUGACGAAUAGGGGAGAGUCGCGCAUGCGCACUGGUAGUGUUUGCAUUCCUCCUCCCUCCUCUGAGACUGACAGCUCGGUAGCUGCUCACCGGCAAUGAUACAGCAAACCCAGGCUCGGUAAGACACGGCGAGAUGGAUUUAGCGGACACUUUUUACCACUACAAAGACGGAUAUUAUUUAGACACCUUAGUCUGAAGAAAAACAACGGAUUUUAUUCUUCCCUAGGAUUAUUUUUGUUUCGGGGAAAAAGGAUACUCAAUGUCCCGGGAGAGGAAUUGAUGCAGGGACCGAUUUCCUGCGACAUACACCGGUCGGCAAAGAAGCUCAACAUUCACUUUGAAGACCACAGGAGUACAUUCACACUAGUCUCGACCAGGGCUAUACACGUAUAAGUUACGUAUUUGUUACACUAUCAUCGCCAACACAUUCGUCCUAAAUUGAGAGGAGCUGCUUAUCGCGACUGGCUACCCGAUUUAGCUUCAAGCUAACACACGGCUAGCUGAAUCUGGCAUUCUUUGUUUAUUUCAUUAGAAUCAUUGAAAACGGUGUUUUGAAUCUAGCCGAGGUUAGAUGUAACACGUCUGGUCACAAAGAGCUACGUCGUGUCUACGCUGGUGUUUUGGCGUAACUGCACACCAAAACGUUCAGCUCCAUGUUUAAAGGACAUAAAUUAUCUUGACUUGUCACUUAUGGCUCGUUAGUAUCGCGGUACUGCAGCUGACCCGGCUAGCUAGCAUCUGCUAGAAGGCAGCGACGACAGCCGCCGAUCGGGCCGUUCGGUGACUCAUUGACGGGAACGAUGCACCACCAGAACCUCUCCGCGGAUCCGCCGGGGACCGCGAGUCGGAAAACGGCUUUCCACUUCAGGAGCGGUAGCAGCGGGGCGUCCAGCGGCGGUGGAGCCAACGCGAUCGACGACAAUCCCGCCCAGGCCGGUUCCAAUUCUCCCGGACCCCACCAGCAGCCCCAGUCCCAGGCGGCCAGCGCGCAGCAGGUGAAGAAAAAGAGUGGCUUUCAGAUAACCAGCGUGACCUCGGCUCAGAUCAAUGUGAGUGGCAACAACAGUUUGGCAGAUGACACUGAGAGCUACGAUGACAUGGAUGAGUCACACACGGAGGACCUCUCCUCCUCCGAUAUGCUGGAUGUUUCCGUGUCCAGGGCCACGGAUACCGGUGUGCCGGAGCGAAGCUCUUCGGAUGAGACUCUCAACAGUCUUCAUGGGGUCGACACCCCGGGAAUCGUGUCGCCCAACGAACCCCUGCACCCUCAUUCCGUCGGUCAGGGGUCUCAGCAGCACGCCUCCAUGGUAAACGGGGCCAUGCAUCCUCAUUAUUAUCUUCAGCAACACAACCAGCCUCACCACUAUCUCUCUGACAGCCCGGGGGGAGGAGGUGAGUCCUCUGUGCCAGCUCUUCCCAUUGCUCCCGUGGGCAGCUCCAGUCCAUCUAUGGCUUCCAGAGCCGCAAAUAGCCAGACACAGAGGCCGUCAAUGCUGGAUAGCUGUGAACCUUUAACCGUCAUGGUCGGUGGGACAGUCACUGAUCCACAGCUGAACAUUUCUAAUGUGUCGGCUGCCACUGCUGCUGCAGUUCCUCCCCCUGGGCCUGCAGGUUUGGACAACCUGACCGUGAUUGGGCACGCAGCUUCGGUUGGAGGAGGAACAGGCCCGUCUCCCGCUGCCCUCAACACUCAGCCCCAGCAGACACAGACUGCCACCGGCUCUCGUUUUAGGGUGGUCAAACUGGACACUAACUCUGAGCCAUUCCGCAAAGGACGAUGGACAUGCACAGACUAUUAUGAAAAGGAUGUUCCACAUGCAACCACGUCUGAGGCACCAAAAAGUGUAGAAGUGGCUGUGGAGACAGAUCCGGGUAAUGUUCUGGUUAGUCAGGUCGUACCUGCUGUACAACCACCGCACACGCUUCAGUCCUACCAGCAGCCGAGCCUGGAUUUCACCAGUCCACAAGCCAUGCAGAGUCCCCCGCAGGGACUGGCCCAAACCACUCCUGUGACCUUUGUUUCACCCCAUGAGGUUGUGGCUGGGGCUUAUCUGCAACAUCUGGCUCCUGCAGCGACACCACAGACCGGUGUGAAUCAGCCUCCCCCUGUAGUACCCCAGCAGUUGCCCUAUACUUUGGAUCCCCAGCAAGCUCAACCCCACGGAGGUUACUCUGCAUCUCAGUUACAUGCGGGGGUCUUAGCUCAGGGAGGUGUCCGACAGCCAGACUUCAUUCAGCCCACUGCUCCAUUCCAGACCCAGGUCCAGCCUCCUCCGCUGCAUGUCCAAAUGGAAAUCUCCAUUUCACCGGUUCCAGGGGUAACGGCACAGCCACCGAUCAGCUUCACUCAGCAAGGUCAGGUAGCCCCCCCUGGCCAGGCAUCUUUUCUAGGACAGCCACAGGCCCUCCCGACUAAACCACAGCCACAUGCGCAGCCCCCCUCCACAGCUAGAUUCCCAGGCGCGCUCACCCAUGGGACCCACUACACCCCUUGGACUGCUCUGCAAGCGGACCUCCAGCCUCUCCUCACCCACGGUGCGACUCUCCCUCAGGUCCCUGGAGGAGGGAGCUCCAUAAGAACAUCCCAGCUGGAGGAUGCCCAGAAGCUUCUGCUCCAGCACCCAGGCCUGCUGGGUUUUCCCAGGCUUGGGAUGGCGCCGGGUAGAGAGGGGGCCACGGACGCCGGCGGCGCCGCUGGAACACUGGCCAACAUGGCAGAGGCCAGUGCCUUCAUGGUUGCUGCCGCCGCAGGCCUCAGGACUCAGCACGCCGAAGGAGAGGAGGAUAGCUCCUCCGGUGCCAGUGUGGUGGCCAUCGACAACAAGAUUGAACAAGCGAUGGACCUGGUGAAGAGUCACCUGAUGUACGCCGUGCGUGAGGAGGUGGAGGUGCUCAAGGAGCAGAUCAAGGAGCUGAUCGAGCGCAACUCUCAGCUGGAGCAGGAGAACAACCUGCUCAAGAACCUGGCCAGUCCCGAGCAGAUGGCUCAGUUCCAGGCGCAGGUCCAGACCGGCGGCUCCCCGACUGGCACCGCCCAGCCUGCGGUCCCGGGCCCGGCCCCGGUCGGCACGGGACAAGCCCCCCCUCCCUCACAGAGCUCUGGCACGUCCGCGUAGCUCAGAAACUGCGCCGUGGAGAGCCCCGUGAGGAUGAGAGACGGGAAGGAUGGACGGAGGAGGAGGUGAAGGGAGUAAGGGAGGAGUCAUGCCGAGGGGAGCGCACACUUUUCACCGGAGGACGAACUUUUCUUUUGUUGCGCAUUUCAUUUAACUAACAGACGUUUGAGUUGCACGCUUGUGUGUGUGUGUGUGUUGGCUUUCGUUACCUGUUGGAGACGUCGGCGCCGCGAUGAAGGCGGAGCCGACAGGAACAAACGACCCCUCGCGGCCGCCGCCCUUGUCCUUUUGAUGGAAGGAGCUGAACUCGGGGGGGGGGAGGGGGUUUGUACUCCUUCGACACCCACUCCUCCUCUCAACCCGUCAGCCCAAACCAGACCGUUUUUAACAAUGUUAUUUUACUCUUUAUUUCUUUUUCUUCUUUUAGUACUUCGGCCCAUGCACCUUUUGUUCAUAAACAGCGACCCGUCUGGAAUGGGGGUCCUAAAGGGUCCGGCUCACAUUUGUUUUGAUGUUCUGGGCUUAGUGGGACUUAAAGAAUAAUGACAUACAUGUGUGUAUAUAUACAUAAACGUAUAUGUGUAUGCAUAUAUAUAUUAGCUGCGCCUCAUCGUGCACUUUGAGAACCUUUUUUUCUUUUGGAGGUUCUUGUCCCCGACCUCAACGCACCUCCGGAGCGUUCAUCACUUACGCCGGGAAUCAAAGUUAUUUCCUUUCUAAGGAGAGGUUUGUUUUUGUCUGUUAAUGUUUCCGCCGUUGUUAAUGUAAUUUAAUGUCCAAGUGAUGUGUGAAGAGAAUUGAUAAAGGCAAAAAUUAGUAGGACAUGUUUCUGGGUAAUUUUGUACAGAUUAAAACAUUGCAAACUCCAAAACUCUGCCAAGUGCCUGGUUUCUAACCAUAGAUACAUAUAUACAAGCUUUUUUAGUUGUUUGAUUCAAACUAUGUAAAUACAUGUACAAUAUAUUUAAAUAUAUAUAUAUAUAUGUAUAUAUAUAUAUCUAUGGUUUUGCCAGGUUUUGAACUAUCUGCCGUGUCAUCACUCAGGGUGGCAACACGCGUGGACUAUUUACCUCGACAACAAGAUGCCGUCUCAGUGACAGGCGGACUCGUUCUGUGUGUGAAGCCUCCGCUCGAAUACAAACUAUCCGUUUUGGGGACGUGUCUCAUUGUUUUCGUUCCUAUUCUCAUGAAUGACGGUGGUUUCUUUUUUGUUGUCUUUGGUACAGCCGAGUGUUUUGAGUUGCUCGUUACACGAUGGCGAGGCACUAAGAUGCCUCGCACGAGUAUGUCUGUGUUUGGCGCAUGUUCCUCGGCCCAUCACAAAUGUGACGUUACAAUUGCACUAGACAGUUGCACCUCAAAAUAAAAAAAUGAAAUCAAAUACGUAAAGAAAA